AUGCUCAAACCUUCAGACCCACAGAAUAUUACAUCUUCAUGCGAACUAUUUACGCCAUACGGGAUUACACCUGGACUAGUCAAACAAGUCAGAGAGAAAUUUCAAAGCGAAAUUUCAAUGAACGAACUGUCUAGAAAUAUACAGUCUGGAGUUAAGCACCAUUCAGCUACAGCCCGCCUUACCUGCGCUUAUCAAAACCUUCUACACAGCGACAAUGGAAUUCAGAGACACAAUACUUAUCCUAAUAGGAGAAUCCAAUCUACUGGUAGAGUUUCUGACUUGCCUACUCCUACUAGUUUAACAGCUUAUAAAGUAAAUGGACGACCUCGAACUGAAAGUUUUUUAGACACUCUGAAACCAAGUAGGGAGAGUUUUACGUCUCAGGUUAGGGUGGGAGAGAGUGGCAAAAGUACUGCACCAGUUCACCCUAAUGAAUACAGAACACAAACUGCAAUAAGUGGACAUCGAAUUGAGAAUACAAGCAGAUACAACAAUUUACCAUCUAACAUAUCAAGCGUUGAACAAGAUGAAGGUCGUCCGAUAAACCACGAUUUGCUGAAUUCCAACGAAAAUAAAAAUAAACCAAAAGAAUCAAAAGCAUCCUCAUCUACAAAGAACAACACACGAACGGAUUUUAAGCAACCAGCGAUAUUACCUAAGCCAUCAAAAAAGGGUACCAAGGCAGCAAGCGAUCAAAUCAAUACGUAUAUAAUGCUGAUGAACAUUCCUUUUCUCAAAAAUCAGAAAAUCCUCCUAGUGAAAAGACAAAAAGCAGAAACUUACAAGGUGGGUAUACUCUGUUCAAUAACCAGGCAUGUUCUGAAAAUCCAGGUCACAGAAAUACGACUAUUAGGAUAA